UUCAAUAGUACUUUUUCAGUCACUGCCGUUUUGAUGUCUUUCUAUUCUGAGGAGUGAGUACUGCCUUUCAAAAAACAGUCACUACCAACCAUUUAAAAUUUGUACGCUAAUGACAGACGCUGGAUUUUAUAGGGGCACAAAUGCCGAACAAGACAGUAGAUUUAGUGAUAAGAAUAAGAAAUUAAUGAAGCAGAUGAAAUUUUCAGAAAAUUUGGAACAAAAAAUUGAUAUGACUAAAGUCAAUUUAGAUGUUUUAAAGCCGUGGAUUACUAAACGCUUAUGCGAACUUUUAAAUUUUGAAGAUGAUGUUAUAAUCGAAUUUGUGUUCAAUCAAUUAAUGGAAAAAAAAGUAGAUCCAAAAAUUAUGCAGAUAAAUUUGACUGGUUUUUUGAAUGCAAAAAAUGCUCGAAUAUUUAUGGGAGAUUUAUGGUCACUACUUAUAAGUGCACAAAACAAUAUUGGAGGAAUUCCUGAGGCAUUUUUGCAACAAAAAAAAGCAGAACUUAUGCAAAAAUAUGAAGAAGAUGCCAAAGCAACAGCAGAAAGGGACCUUUCAUUAAAAAUGAAUCCUGACCAAGUUUCUAAUAAUUGGACAGGCCAGGAUUCUUCAAAAAGAAAAGAAUUGGAGCAACUUGAUGGAAAACAUCAACAUUAUGGUGGACAUCAUGGGCAGCAGCAGCAUCAUAGAAAUUUGCAUGAAAAACGUUCCAAAAAACGUGACUCGUCAUCAUCUUCCUCCUCUUCUGGCUCCUCUCGUCGUACAACUUCAUCUUCUGCCAGUACUUCCUCAUCUUCUCGGCAUCGCAAUAGACCACACAAGCGUCGCCAUCAUCAUCAUCACAAGCAUCACCAUUCAAGGAAGCAUGAUAAACAACAUAACAAAAGUGACCAAAUAAAACAAAGACAAUCCCCAAGUUCCAAAUAUGAAGUUGAAAUUGACAAACCCAAAGGCAAAAAAAAAGAUAAUAUUAAUGAUAUAAAUGAAACAGUGAAUGAAAAGGCUCUAAGAAUAAAAGCUUUGCAAUCUCUUUCCAAAUAUAAGGAUCAAGAUAAAAACAAAAAUGAAGGUGUUAUAAAAGAUACCCUUUCUUCUUCUAAUGAUUCCUCGCAGAGCACAAGUAAUGAAGAAGAUCCCUGAAGAACGUCCUGAGAAUACAAUUCGAUUUACUUUAUUUCAUAUUUUUGUAAAUAAAUAUAUACUCUAUUUAUGAAUAUAUAAUAUGAUGUAAACAUACCAUAUUGUGAGGCUAAUGUUGAUUGAAUUUUAUUAAAUAUGUAAACUUUUUUUAUAAAAUAUAU